UGUGUCACUUCCGGUUCUACCGCAACGAGUCGCGAGCGGAGAACUACACGGGCCUUCUGUCUGCCAUAGAAAUAAGAAUUUGUGAAAAAUGUCUCUAAUCUCCGCUCGUUUGGCCUCUUCCGUGGCCAGGCGUAUUCCAAAUGCUGCCUCACAGGUGUCGAAGGUCGCGGUACCCGCCGUGGCGGUAGCCUCCCGCAAGAUCCAUGUCUCCUGCAGCCAGAGAGCCGCCGAGAUCUCCACGAUCCUCGAGGAGCGAAUUCUCGGAGCCGCGCCCAAGGCUGACUUGGAAGAAACUGGCCGUGUGUUGAGCAUUGGUGAUGGUAUUGCCCGUGUCUAUGGUCUUAAGAACAUCCAGGCCGAGGAGAUGGUGGAAUUCUCCUCUGGUCUCAAGGGUAUGGCCCUCAACUUGGAGCCCGACAACGUGGGUGUGGUAGUGUUCGGUAACGACAAGCUGAUCAAGGAAGGCGACAUCGUCAAGCGUACCGGCGCCAUCGUCGACGUGCCCGUAGGCGAGCAACUGCUCGGCCGUGUCGUAGACGCUCUGGGUAACGCCAUUGACGGCAAGGGACCGCUCGACACCAAGUCGCGUAUGCGAGUCGGUAUCAAGGCCCCCGGUAUCAUCCCGCGUGUGUCUGUGCGCGAGCCUAUGCAGACUGGUAUCAAGGCCGUCGACUCGCUCGUGCCCAUCGGUCGUGGUCAGCGUGAGUUGAUCAUCGGCGACCGUCAGACCGGCAAGACUGCGUUGGCCAUCGACACCAUCAUCAACCAGCAGCGCUUCAACAAGGGCGAGGAUGAGAAGAAGAAGCUGUACUGCAUCUACGUCGCCAUCGGACAGAAGAGGUCCACCGUCGCUCAGAUCGUGAAGAGGCUGACUGACGCUGGUGCCAUCAACUACACCAUCAUUGUGUCCGCCACCGCGUCCGACGCGGCGCCUCUGCAAUACCUGGCUCCGUACUCGGGCUGCGCCAUGGGAGAGUUCUUCCGUGACAGCGGCAAGCACGCCCUGAUCAUCUACGACGACUUGUCCAAGCAGGCCGUGGCCUACCGUCAGAUGUCCCUGCUGUUGCGUCGUCCCCCGGGUCGUGAGGCCUACCCCGGUGACGUGUUCUACCUCCACUCCCGUCUGCUCGAGCGUGCCGCUAAGAUGUCCGACAAGAUGGGCGGUGGCUCCCUGACCGCUCUUCCCGUCAUCGAGACCCAAGCCGGUGACGUGUCCGCUUACAUUCCCACCAACGUGAUCUCCAUUACUGAUGGACAGAUCUUCUUGGAGACUGAGCUGUUCUACAAGGGUAUCCGACCGGCCAUCAACGUCGGUCUCUCUGUGUCCCGUGUAGGGUCCGCUGCCCAGACCAAGGCCAUGAAGCAGGUGGCCGGUUCCAUGAAGCUGGAGUUGGCCCAGUACCGUGAAGUGGCCGCUUUCGCCCAGUUCGGUUCCGACUUGGACGCCGCCACCCAGCAGCUGUUGAACCGUGGUAUGCGUCUCACUGAACUGCUCAAGCAGGGACAGUACGUGCCCAUGGCUAUUGAGGAGCAGGUCGCCAUCAUCUACUGCGGUGUCCGUGGACACCUCGACAAACUGGACCCCACCAAGAUCACCGCUUUCGAGAAGGAGUUCACCCAGCACAUCAAGACCAGCCACCAGAGCCUCCUCGCCACCAUCGCCAAGGACGGACAGAUCACGCCCGAGUCUGAUGCCGCCCUCAAGAAGAUCGUCACCGACUUCAUCGCGACCUUCUCUUCCCAGUGAAGCCCCUAGCGUAGACUUCGCGAAUCGGCGUCGACAUGACAUUGUACCCGGCAUUUGAUUACUCAGUACAAUCCCAUGUCAACCCAGCAAUAAAAUAAUAAGUAGCUUAUUAGCGGAAAUUCUGCUCCUGGCGAGCACAGUCUCCGCUAAUGGUGUAAGUGUAGUUAUCAUUCGUAUGGACUGUAUUGAAUGUUGAUACAAUCAUGGAAUGUAUUUAUCUCGAGGCAGGAGUGGUUAUACAUAAUUAAACUUCUUAAAAACGUU